AUGAGAUUACAAUCAAAAGAAGUAUCAGAUGCAAAGAGUUCAAGAUCAACUGAUGUCAAAUGUGAUAUAUUUCUGAUUGGAGCCACUGCAGCUGGAGGCAUUUCAGGAUUACCUUCGUCAGUGAAGAAGUCGGAAUCAAAAGGUACAAACCAACCACAUGAACAGGGGAGAAGAAAUUAUUCGUAUCCGCCCAAUUACGCCUCACUAGUUCUAUUCUUCAAGCUUAUGAUGAAGGCCAUGCUAAUUGUUCUGGGAAUUGGCAUUUGGAAGAUAAAGAAAAUCCAAGAAAGGAAAGAGCGACAUAUAUGGGCUAAUCAGGUCAUGAAUGAACUGGUUCAGCAUACUUCUUUAUACAAGUAUCAAAAUACUGGACAAAAUCCCCAUCAACCAAACAAAGAUAAAGAAGAAUGUGAUGUUCCUAAUCCUAUCUUGUUAGACCAAGCCCCGUCUUCAACAGCUGAUCAUGUACCAUCUAAAGGUGGAAAUAAAAAUGUUGAAACAAAUCUGUCGUCCUCAAACCAAAACAAGUAUCAGAUAGAGAGUGAUCAGAAUCAACCAGCACAUGAUUAUGAACUUGGACUCAACAACGGUAAAGAGAGGAAGGACAACAAACCGUUGGGAUAUAAGAAGAACGGAAAUUGUGAAGCAGAUAAAAAGCAGACACCACUAUUAAUUGCAGCAAAGAUGGGAGUGACAGAAAUGGUAAGAACAAUCCUAGACAAGUUCCCAGUGGCCAUCCAGGAUGUGGACUCUGAUAACAAGAAUGUCGUACUGUUAGCAGUUGAGAACAGGCAACCCCAUUUUGUCAAAAGCUCAAUGCCACAUGGUUUCUUUGUUCGCUACAACAAAAAAGGCCAGACCCCAAAGGAGAUCUUCAUAAAUACACACCAAAAUCUUAUAAAAGAAGGCAGCAAAUGGCUAACUAAAACCUCGGAGUCGUGCUCUGUGGUUGCAGCUCUCAUUGCAACGGUUGCAUUCGCAACAUCAGCAACUGUACCAGGUGGACUUAAUGAGAAUACAGGUGAACCAAUUCUUAAAGAUGAGUCAGCAUUCGGUGCCUUCACCAUCUCAUCACUGACUGCUCUCUGCUUCUCAGUAACUUCCCUGGUCUUCUUUCUUUCAAUUCUCACUUCUAGAUACGAACAAAGAGAUUUUUCAAUGGACUUGCCUCGGAAACUUUUGCUGGGUCUAACAUCACUUUUCGCAUCAAUAGCUUCCAUGUCUCAUUCUAGAGUAGAGGAGGAAGCUGCAAAGGAAUGUCAAGCAGGCGUAUGUCUUAAGGACUGA